CAGUCUUGAGUUAGCGCAACAGAACUAACAGCUUUAACUGUUUGGAGAUUCCGACCGUAAACCCAAUCGAACACUUCCAAACUUAUCCAUUGACUUACCAAACAGAAAAACAAACAAGGAAAAGAAAACUUGGGACUUACUCCUAUUUUUGAGUUGACAUUGCUUCUUCUACAAAUGUGGUUGUUUAGCAGGAAAGGGGCAUCUGGGUUCUCAGCUACUACUACAGCUGAGGAAGCCACUCAAGGAAUUGAUGGCACUGGCCUAACCGCCAUCGUCACAGGGGGAUCUAGUGGUAUUGGCACUGAAACUGCACGUGUUCUUGCGUUGCGCGGUGUCCACGUAGUUAUGGGGGUCAGGAAUAUGACUGCAGGCAGGGGAGUCAAAGAAACAAUAGUUCAGCAAAACCCCAAUGCAAAAAUUGAUGCAAUGGAGUUAGAUCUGAGUUCAAUGGCAUCAGUAAGGAAAUUUGCUGCAGAUUUCAAAUCCUCGGGUCUUCCGCUCAACAUCCUCAUUAACAACGCAGGGAUCAUGGCGACAUCAUUCAUGCUUUCCAAAGAUGGGAUAGAAUUACAAUUCGCGACAAACCACAUGGGACAUUUUCUUCUAACAAAUCUAUUGUUGGAAACCAUGAAGAAGACAGCUGAUGGAAGUAAGACAGAAGGAAGAAUUGUAAAUGUCUCAUCACGCCGUCACAAAUUCUCAUAUCCAGAAGGGAUUCGAUUCGACAAAAUCAAUGAUCAAUCAGGGUACAACAGUGUAUCUGCAUAUGGUCAGUCAAAGCUUGCCAAUGUCUUGCAUGCUAAUGAACUUGCAAGACGUUUAAAGGAAGAUCAAGUGGCUAUAACAGCAAAUUCAAUUCACCCGGGUGUCAUUGCAACCAACCUUUUUCGUCAUCUCAGCUUUUUGAGUGGUCUUGUUGGCCUUUUCGGUAAAUAUGUCAUUAAAAAUGUAGAGCAGGGGGCAGCAACUACAUGCUAUGUUGCGUUGCAUCCACAAGUUAAGGGAAGGACUGGCCUCUACUUUGCAGACUGUAAUGUAGCUGAAACAAGCGUACAAGCUAAUGAUAGUGAGCUGGCGUGGAAACUGUGGGAUUUCAGCUUGAGUCUAGUCAAUAAGCGUCCUCAUACUUGAUAGAGAUUAUGUUCCUUCCAUAUAUUUUUGUUAACAAUUUAACAGCUGUUUGUCCUUCUGGAGUCCGGACAGAUUCUGCGCCAGACAUUCUGUAGAAUAUACACGAUUUGAAUCCAUUGUUAAGGGUGCAAUGUCUUAUCCACACAAUCCAUAGAAUCCUCGUGGAUUGACUAUAUUCUCACAGAACUCCAACCUGGAGAAUAAUAAAGCACAUAAACCUGCAUAACUGUAUAAAUGAUUUAAUCUCUUGGGACAUUAUUAGUGGGGAUUUUUUCCCUUUGAAGAAUUGGUCCACAUAGAAAUGACUCGUUCAACAUUUUUCGACACUUCCAUUCAAAAUAUGUUGAUGCCAGAUGACCAGAGUACUGGAAGAUGCAGGACCAUGGAAUUAGAUUUCUUCAAUUUUCUGAAGUAGUAAUGUACAUACAAUAAAUCAGGUAGAGCAGUACAUAACAAUUACAAUUGAGCUGUGGCAUGUACAUCACCACUGACGUCGGGCACAUGGUCAGCACUCCUGUCACUGCUUCAUAACCAAACU